AUGGGAUCACAAGACCAGAGUCAGAAUAGGAAUCUGAAAGAAUUAAAUACUCAGGCAAAGAGUGGAAAAACACAGUCACCAGAAAAGCAAAUCAGUACUCCCGUAGAUACCAGUAACCGAGAUAUGAUGCUGAACAUUAACAACAGCUCCAUUACUACCAAAGCAAUCAGUCGGUGAUCCUCUUUGGCUUGCAACAUUGCACUGGAUGCUGUCAAUACUAUACAUUUUGAGGAGAAUGGUCGGAAGGAGAUUGACAUCAAGAAGUAUGCAAGGGUGGAAAAGAUACCUGGGGGUAUCAUUGAAGAUUCAUGUGUCUUACAUGGAGUCAUGAUUAACAAAGAUAUGACCCAUCCACGAAUGCGGCACUAUAUCAAGAACCCUUGCAUUGUGCUACUUGAUUCUUCUCUGGAAUACAAGAAAGGAGAAAGCCAGACUGACUACGAGAUCACACGAGAGGAAGUGUUUACCCAAAUCCUCCAAAUGGAAGAAGAAUAUAUCCAGCAGCUCUGUGAGGACAUUAUUCAUAUGAAGCCUGAUGUGGUUAUCACUGAAAAGGGAAUCUCAGAUUUAGCUCAGCACUACCUCAUGCGGGUCAAUAUCAAAGCCAUCCGCAGAGUCUGUAAGACAGACAAUAAUCGUAUUGCUAGAGCCUGUGGGGCCCGGAUAGUCAGUCAACCAAAGGAACUGAGAGAAGAUGAUGUUGGGACAGGAGCAGGCCUGUUGGAAAUCAAGAAAAUUGGAGAUGAGUACUUUACAUUUAUCACUGAAUGUAAAGAUCCCAAGGCCUGUACCAUUCUCCUCCAAGGGGCCAGCAAAGAGAUUCUCUCAGAAAUAGAACGCAACCUCCAGGAUGCCAUGCAAGUGUGCCGCAAUGUUCUCCUGGACCCUCAGCUGGUGCCAGGGGGUGGGGCCUGUGAAAUGGCUGUAGCCCAUUGCUUGACAGAAAAAUCCAAGGCCAUGAUUGGUGUGGAGCAAUGGCCAUACAGGGCUGUUGCCCAAGCCCUAGAGGUCAUCCCUCGGACCCUUAUCCAGAACUGUGGGGCCAGCACCAUUUGUCUGCUUACCUCCCUUCGGGCCAAGCAUACCCAGGACAAUUGUGAGACCUGGGGUGUAAACGGUGAGACAGGUACGUUGGUGGACAUGAAAGAGCUAGGCAUCUGGGAGCAACUGGCUGUGAAACUACAGACAUAUAAGACAGCAGUGGAGAAUGCAGUUCUGCUGCUGCGGAUUGAUGACAUCGUCUCAGGCCACAAAAAGAAAAGCGAUGACCAGGGCCGGCAAGGCAGGGCUCCUCCUGAUGCUGGCCAGGAGUGA